AUCAACAUUUUGUGUACUUGAUGGACAAAAACGGGCAACCGUUGGUGUGCCGCAGUGACCAAGACUUGGAAGAUGCCAUGGAAACAUCUUUGAACACUGAUGUUCACCCGGAUCAGCCUCUUGUUCCGAAAUGGAUAUUCCGAGUUUGUUACAAGCAAGACCAAGGAUCAGUUCAUACUUGCAUCAUUAUGCAUUUAGACCAUAGGCUUGCUGACGCAGGAGGAAUUUUGCUCGCGCUGAUGCCAAAGUUUUUAGAUGAGGAUCCGAAGUCGGAUCCAAGUGUGAUGUUCCGGAGCAUGAGGCCAGUGAAACUGUGGCAAAGGCUGAUUUUGUAUGCAAAGGGAUUUCUCCUGAUUCCUUUGGUUUUGGUGAGGACUUUGAUGGUGGCUGUUGUGGACCGGAAUCCACUUCAUGACCGAGAAGGAAAACAACCCGGACGAUUCUUUCUGGCUCCACAACACAUUCCCAUGAAGAAACUGCGGGAAAUCCGAGUCAACACUGGAGCAACACUCAACACGAUUCUUUCAGUAAGUCUUUUCCGCGGCGUGCACAGAAUGUGCGAG